CUCUCCCUCCCUGGCUGACUCAAGUGAGUGAGUGGCGGUGCUGGCGGCUCCACAGCAGCAGCCGCCGCCGCAGCGAGCAGAGCAGAGAGAGGAGAGACGACUUCACUUUUUGAAGCCGUGGCAUGAAUGAUCUCAUCGGAACCUUCUGCUCCGCUUUCGCCGCCGUCGAUCCUAUGAGCGAGACCGGAAUUAAAUAAGAGCUAGACAGACGCCAUGUUUCCAAAGGGCACCAAACGCAAGUUCUUUGACUCAGCAGAGGAGGCGGCGGUGACGCAAGCGGUGAGCGGUCCCGGCGAACGUGGCCCGACCGGCGGUGCCCGGACGCCGUCGCCCUCGUACAGCCUCCAGCGGCAGUCUCUUCUGGACAUGUCGCUGAUUAAAUUGCAACUGUGCCACAUGCUGGUGGAGCCCAACCUGUGCCGCUCGGUGCUCAUCGCCAACACGGUGCGACAAAUCCAGGAGGAGAUGACGCAGGACGGCACCUGGCAGAUUAUGACGCAGGCGUUGGCCGCCGCCCAGUGCCCCGCCGACCGCCUGGUGGCCACCGAGGUGCUGUGCCGACAGUCGGACCCCUCGGCGGCGGCGGGGCAGAGUCCCAAGCCCUAUCCUCUGGCGGGCGGCCCGGAAGAGGUGGCGAUGGAAGCGGCGGAUGCCCGCAAGGAGGUCCCGCCCGUGCCGUCCUACCCCCCGGCACCCUUCGGCGAGACGGGCCCCCGCUGGGAGGAGCACGAGGACGACUGUGAGGACGAGGAGGACGAGUCGGAGGGUGAGGACGAGCGCCCCGAGGGGGAGCGGGUCUUCGGCACCUUCGAGAUCAAGCAGCCGCCGUUGCCGCCCCCGCCGGACCCGGCGUUGGAGGAGCUCUUCUCGGAUGUGGACCCGUCCUACUACGAGCUGGACACGGUGCUGACGGGCAUGCAGAGCGCCCCCAAGAUGGGACCUUAUGACCUGCUGGAGAGCCUGUCCUCCCACGGGCCGCCGCCCCUCAGCCCCAGCGCCAGCUGUCGCUCGGACCUCAACGAACUGGACCACAUCAUGGAAAUAAUUGUGGGCUCCUGAAGCUCGGCGGCGGUGCCGCUGUCGCGGACUUCCUGAAUGUGCAUUUGUUACGCGGCCAGAUUGUGCGAGCUUUCCAAAUUCACCGCGAGCCAAAAAUGACUUUUAGGAUCGGCAGCUCCCGUCGGGACCCCUCCUCCCUCCCUUUUUUCUUUUCUACUCCAUACAGUAUAUUCCAAACAUGGGGGACACCUCAACUCAUAGGCUGCCACUGACGGUGAUAGACGUCCAAUCCAUUUGAGGUGGGAGGGCUGAACAUUGAUUCGUUCGCUGGCAACCCUCCCAGUCCAAAUGGGUUGGACGUCUACCCGUGACAAACUCAUUUCAAUUUACAGCAAGAAGGAUGAAAAGAGCUACACAAUUGGACGUCUAUCAUCGUCAUUGGCACUGAAAGAGUUAAGCAGUCCGCAUGCAAACGGGUGGAACAUUUCCUGGAAGUUUCCACAGACUUUAGCUGGGGAAUUUUGGAACUUUUCCAAACUUUCCAGGGGGAUCAUCUCGGAAAUGGAAGGGAAAGCUAGUGUUACAGUUUCACAAUUUUUUCCCCCACACUAACUCAUUGGCCGGCAUUGACGCCAAUAGACGUCCAAUCCAUUUUGACUGCGAUUUUCAUAGAUUUUUUUUUCAAAAAAAUAUUAGAUAAAAAAAAUAGAUAUUGAACAAUAAUAAAAUAAUUUAUAAAAGUAUAUUUUUUGGGGGGGUAUCAAUACUAUUAAAUGUACCUCUCUUUAGCUUCCAUUGACGGCAAUAGACGUCCAAUGAAUUUUGACGGUAAGGGUAAGCAGGAGGGCCCCCCCUUUUUUUUUUUUUUUUUUUACUGUAACAACAGUUUCUAAAUGAAAAUAAAUACAAAUUAAUUGCUUUGGUUUUUUGUACUUUUAAAUAUUAAACAUAAUUUUUAAAAAAAAAAUAAAAGAUAACAUUUGUUCCCUUUUUAAUUAAAUAAAUUAUAACAUAUUUUCUUUUUUACAUCAAUUAAAAAAGUUUUUUUCCUUGAUUAAAAAUAAUAAUGCACCAUAAAAUGUACAAGAGAUUUACUUUUGAAGGGAAACUUGGACUUAAAGACUUAAGGCUCUAAUAAGCCAUAAUUGUUCUCUGUUACUAAAGUAUGUUAUUAGAAGCACAUAAAAUAUUGCCAUUGAUUUAAAAAUCUUUAAUAUUUAGUACAUGUUUUGAUCUACGGAGGGCACCAUGUUUUAAGAGCGCAAUGGACACUCUGAGUGAUGACGUAGAUUGUCACUUUCAGUAGACCAACACUACCGGGUUACUCCCAAUUCCUUCCACGCGACGAGAUGUCCAACACAUGUGCACAUCGGUUUAAAGCGGCGAGUACUUACUAUUUGUGUUUUUACUGAGUCUUUUAUUAAAUUUUCAUUGCCUAAAAAUACUUUCCCUCCCAUACUUUUAAGCAUUGUGUUUUCUUGCGGUAGCUUUAAAGCAGAUUAUUGAUCUGUUGGCCGCAUUAGUCACGUAGCAUAUUUAAACCACCCUUUUUUGACAUUACUACAUUUGAAUAUUUUCUUAAGGCAUCUUUAGUAUCUUUUGUAUGCUUCGAAACAAAAGCUGAAAGCGCACGGUAGUACUUUGGGUGUCAAAUUCGCCUCCUGUAAGAUGUUUUUUUUUUUUUUUUUUCCCUACUCUCGUCUCGUCACAUCCCGUCUUUCCGGUUCAUUUUGCUUGUGCUGCUCGUUUUGUGAAAUAUCGACAGCGCUGUCAUGCUCAUUAAUGUUCCUUGCAGGUUCAAAUUUUUUAUUUUGGUUGAAGAGAUGACAUGUUUAUGUCAUACUCUGGAAGCCUGGCCGCGUAACCAUGUGAUAUCAACAAGAAUGGCAACCUACUAGUUAAAGUAAUUGUAUAAAAACGAAAACAUCAAGAGGGGUUUCAAUUUCAAAUUAUUUUCACUCAUAAUAACGUUUAUCUUUUAAGAACUACAAGUCUUUCUGUCCUUGGAUCCCUUUAAGUCGUUCAGAAAAGAUUUUGAUUUAUAACUCAACAUUGUUUAAACAAUCGAUUAUCAAAAUAGUUGUUAAUUUGAUAACUGCUUCAAUUUUACUUCUUAAAUGAACACUUUUUCUGACAUUGAGACAUCCAAUCCAAUUUAACUGGAGUCCAAAUGGAUUGGACGUCUAUCACCGUCAAUGGCAGUGAAACGUAAUCAGCGUCUCAGCUCAAAUAUAUUGGAUGUCUCUCACCGUUGAGGGCAGCCAAUGAGAUAAUUAAAAUGAAAAUUAAAAAAAAGGUUUUCCCCCAAUUUCUUUCCAUUGUUAAACAUUUUUUUAUUUGUUUUCCCCUCCCUGGAAAGUUUUGUCACUUUCUCCAAUUCCUUGCGUUAUUUCCGUCCGUGUCAGCCAUUUUGUCCACGGCUGUAUCCCGCGCGCCUUCACACUACAACCACACAAAGCUUAGCAAUCCGCAAGUAACAUCCAAAUCUAUUUUCUUAAAGAUUUGAGCAAUUAUGAAUGGAAUAUAUGUAUAUGUACGUAUAUGUAUAUAGAAAUAUAUUUUUUUGCAUUAUACAGUCGAGGGGGGGAUUUUUUUGCAAGUAUCAUUUGAUAUUAUUUUCAGAGAUUUGAACGUAGCCGCAAUUGAGACUCGAGUGUCUUCCCGAGUUUUUUUUUUUUUUUUUUUUUUUUCAUUUUUUUGGGCUCUAAAGCAGGGGUGUCAAACUCAUUUUAUUGGGAGGCAAACAAUGGAAAUAGCCUAAAAAAGAGUUAAUGUCGCUAAUACACUGUGGCUAAAUUGUUGGGCAAAAAAAAAAAAAAAACAGCAAAGUGCCAUUAUAGCCUGCGAUAUGUUAAAUCAUAAGAGAUGGCGAUGCCACUUUUUAUGAAAAAAAUAUGAAUUUGUUUAUUUUUUCACUUUUUAAUUAUGAAAAUUUUAUGAUUAGAAUGAUUUUUUAAUUAAUUUAUUAUUUUUGUAAUGUUAGCCUGGAUAGGCUCCGGCACCCCAUGACCCUCGUGAGGAUAAGUGGCAUGGAAGAUCUUUUUGCAUUUAAAUUUUUUUUUUUUUUUUUUAUACAAUUCACUUUUAAUUAUUUACAUUUUUUUAAUUAUAUACAGUAUAUAUUUUUUAAUUGCCCAUGGAAAAAUGACUAGGGGCUACAGUAUGAUUUCAAAUAAGGGGGCCGCGAGUUUGAGACCUCUGCUCUAAGGCUUUCGAUUAUUUUCAAGCCAGGGAAGCAAAACCACAAUUUUCCAUCCAGAAGAAGCCAUAUUGCUAAUUUAUUCUUCUUCUUUUAUUAAUUUAUUGUAUUUAUUCUCUCUUUGGGUACACACACAUCAACCAUUAAAGCCCGACUGAAAAAUUUGUCAAUUACGGGUCUCUUUGGAGUGCAGUACCUAUUUAUUAUUCCUUCAUUUAAACUUUUUUUUUUUUUUUUUUUUAAAUAAUCACAAGAACCGGGUCACAAUUCCAAUCACUAUGCAGCUCUGCCAUAUGCGUUAGGAAAAAAUGAUUGUAUACGACUCCAAUGUCCUUUAAAGUCCUUUUAUGCAAACAGUUGCCUUUCUGCAAAACUGAUGCCGUGACGAAGAAGAACUCAGGCAAUGUAAAGACCUUUUCGCACUCCUGAAGGAUGUCACUCACGCUGGUCGCAAUGGGAGCUAGAACUUCAAAGACUUAUUAAUACCGUUGUCAAUAAAUGUAUGCAUUUUUUUUAUAUCCAGACAAAAACCCUUGUAGCGUCUUUGUAAAUAUUUUUUUAUAAUAAAAGAUGCAACUAUU